AUGCCGGCCAGCUCGAGCUGUGACUGCCUGCACCUGGAGUGCGUCGGAGAAAUCACUAAAGAAGAGCUCAUUCAAAAGUCUCACGGCCAGUGUCAGGACUGCAAAGUUGGGGGACCAAACCUCUGGGCCUGCCUGGAAAAUGGCUGUGCAUAUGUUGGCUGUGGAGAGUCUCAUGCUGACCACAGCACUGUCCACUCUCAGGAGACGCGGCACAACCUGACCGUCAAUCUGACCACGCUGAGGGUGUGGUGUUACGCCUGCACCAAAGAAGUCUUCCUGGACAGGAAGCUGGGGCCUCCCACCCUGCUGCCUGGCGCCGUCCAACCCAUCUCCCCCCUGCAGACUCCCAUCCAGGAGCCCGUGGCCCCCGGCAGCCCAACGUCCCUGAGAGUCCCACCACCCGGAGCCUGCGAGGACCUGGACAUGGAGACUGAAGAGGAGGACGAUUUGAGAAGCAGAGGGCUGACCGGGCUGAAGAACAUCGGCAACACUUGCUAUAUGAACGCGGCCCUGCAGGCUCUCUCCAACUGUCCUCCGCUGACGCAGUUUUUCCUGGACUGCGGCGGCCUGGUCAGAACGGACAAGAAGCCGGCUCUGUGUAAAAGCUACCAGAAGCUGAUCACAGACCUGUGGCACAAAAACAGGCCGUCCUUUGUCGUCCCUACAAAUCUGUUCCAGGGAAUCAAAGCAGUCAAUCCAAUGUUUCGGGGCUACUCCCAGCAGGACUCUCAGGAGUUCCUACGCUGUCUGAUGGAUCAGCUGCACGAGGAGCUGAAGGAGACCGUGGUGGAGCCCGAGGACCAAAGUCCGGUGGCCAGCGUGGACGACAGCCCGGACGAAGACGACCGCAGCCGUUCAGAUAGUGACUUCCAGUCCUGCGAGUCGUGCAGCGCGGACAGCGAGGGUCCCCGGGGCCCAGAGGAGGCCGAAGAGGCUGACAUGCUGAUCCCAGAUGAGGAGAAGGCCAACAGAGAGUGGCAGAAAGAAAAGAACCUCAUUAACAACCUGUACCGCGCUGGCUCCCACGGUGACCUCGACAAGGACGUGGACACGACCAAUGAGAACAGGACCAUCAUUAGCAGCCAGGGGGCUAUCAAGCAAGGCAAGGCUGCAGACACCAACCCUGAGAUCCAGGUCAGCAACAAUGCCCGGUCCCAAAGCCCCAGUGCCAAUGAGGGAAUCGUCCCCAAACUGUCCAGCAGUCCCCCAAAAUCUACCCCCAUGUGGCCUAGCUUGAGCUCAGCUCACAAGAAAGUGACCUCGUUCGCACCGCCGAAGAGCAAGCGUCAGAGGAAGUAUCGCAGCGUCAUCUCUGACAUUUUUGACGGCACCAUUGUUAGUUCCGUUCAGUGCCUGACCUGUGACAGGGUGUCGGUGACACUGGAGAACUUCCAAGACAUCUCGCUGCCCAUCCCGGGGAAAGAGGAUCUGGCUAAGUUGCACUCCUCUUCCCAUCAGACCGCCUUGGUGAAGGCAGGGUCCUGCGGCGAGGCGUACGCCCCUCAGGGCUGGAUUGCCUUCGUAAUGGAGUACAUCAAGAGCUGGUUCUGGGGCCCUGUGGUCACACUUCAGGACUGUCUGGCUGCCUUCUUUGCUCGAGAUGAGCUAAAAGGGGAUAACAUGUACAGCUGCGAGAAGUGCAAGAAAUUACGGAACGGAGUCAAGUUCUGCAAAGUCCAGAGUUUACCAGAGAUCUUGUGCAUUCACCUGAAGCGCUUCAGACAUGAGCUGAUGUUCUCCACUAAAAUCAGCACUCACGUCUCCUUCCCACUAGACGGCCUGGACUUGCAGCCCUUCCUGGCCAAGGACAGCUCGGCCCAGAUCACCACCUACGAUCUGCUGUCCGUCAUCUGCCAUCACGGCACAGCCAGCAGCGGUCACUACAUCGCGUACUGUCGAAAUGACCUGAACCAGCUGUGGUAUGAGUUUGAUGACCAGAGCGUGACCGAAGUCUCAGAGUCCUGUGUUCAGAAUGCUGAGGCCUACGUGCUCUUCUACAAGAAGAGCAACGAGGAGGCCCAGAAAGAGAGGCGGAGGGUGACGGCACUGCUCAACAUGAUGGAGCCCAGCCUGCUGCAGUUCUACAUCUCACGCCAGUGGCUCAACAAGUUCAGGACCUUCGCUGAGCCUGGUCCCAUCUCCAAUCACGACUUCCUGUGCGCUCAUGGAGGUGUGCCGCCACAUAAGGCCACGUACAUCGACGACCUCGUUCUCAUGCUCCCCCAGAAUGUUUGGGACCACCUGUACAGCAGAUACGGUGGAGGCCCUGCUGUCAACCACCUGUACGUCUGCCACACCUGCCAGAUGGAGAUCGAGAAGCUGGAGAAGCGCCGCAAGAACGAGCUGGACAUGUUCGUCCGGCUGAAUAAGGCCUUCCAGGAGGAGGAGUCUCCAGUGGUUAUUUACUGCAUCAGCAUGCACUGGUUCAGAGAAUGGGAGGCUUUUGUCAAAGGCAAAGACAAUGAUCCACCAGGACCAAUCGACAACUCAAAGAUCGCUGUGAAUAAGAAUGGGCACAUCACACUCAAGCAAGGUGCUGAUUCGGGGCAGAUUUCCGAGGAGACCUGGAACUUCCUCCACUCCAUCCACGGCGGCGGGCCGGUGGUGACGGUGCGGCCGAGCGUCAGCCACCAAGAAGUGGACACCUCCCAGGCCGAAGAGAAGAUCGAAGUGGAGACGCGCAGUGUGUAGCAGAAUCAACCUGCUGCCAUUUAAUCGGGGACUGGAAAACGUUUGUUGUUUUGCACUCGACUCUUUCGUUUUGGUUUUUUUUUUUUUUUUGGCUCUCAAGCAUUCGAGCUAAGGGCCUGACCACGCCUUCCCUGAUCCCCCCCCACUCCGAGCAGACACCUCUACCACAGUCUUGAUUCCCUACGCAACCCAUUCCUACUGCAGAGAAGCGGAAUAAAUGUGUCUCAGAAUAUGCUUCAUGUUUGUAUAUACAGCACCGUCUGUUCACAUUCUGUCUGCGCUGUUGACUAGUUAGGCUUAAAGGAGCGACAAGUGGAACUUCCCCCUAAACGUCACCAAAGCUGUGCAAGUGAAUGAGUCUUUCUGAUUGGAUGAAAAGCAAGCGAACCUUCCUGCCAACCCACCAGUCCAGCCAACCAUGAACAUGUCAUUUAUCGCUCCUUUAAGGUAGAAUCUUGGAAAACAAAACACCUUUUGAGUUUUACGUGCAGCCGAGGACAUCACAAAUGUAUCGUGACCAAAUAGAGAAGAAUCGUCAGUGAGUUAUGUAGGUGAAGAAUUCCAAUACGUCGUACUGUGCUCGUCGUCCGGUUUUGAAAAGGAAAACGUCCGUCUUAGAGAACGGACGCUCCACCUGAGAUUACGAAGGGAUCCGAAGCACUAAAUAGUCUCAGGAAAGGACAUUUAUUUCUUUCUGUUUUGCACUGUUUCCGUAGGCCUCCAGCUCUGCAUGCUCCGAUACUGAUGUCCGAUUUAUAUCUGAAUGUACUAGUACUUAACGAACACAGAGUUUCCUGCGUUAUAUGUUAUUUAUUCCAGAGGAGGUAAUGUGAUUUACUAUAAUGUUUAUACCUUUUUAUGUUUUUUUUUUUUAAUUCGGCAAGCCAAACCCGAUCUGAAGUGCAUGCGGAUAGGAAGGAUGUGAUUUUUAGGCCGAAGCUCCACUCUAUUUGCAUGUAGAUGCAGAGCUGCUCUAGAAGAACCAGGCGCACAUUUAAGGCAGUCUCGUUUAAAAUGUAUGUUUUUAAAAAAAAAAGACGUAUGGAUCAACUACAGCUGUUUAAGGUUCGAGGCAUUAUUCUCUGUAUAUAAUGGCAUGAUUGAUUUAUUAUGUUUUUCUUUUAUUUUCAAUGCGCAUCGACUAAAACAACGGCAGGUGUAUCUGUGAUUUUUGAAUGCUGUACUCGAAGAAUGAUUCCCAAACACGUCUGUCAGUUGGUUUUGGUUGGCCGAAAAAUUAAACCCAAAAUUAUUCAGUGGAAAAAA